AUGGCACCAAUAUAUACUUUGUAUAAUGAAUCUACUGAUGCCAAAAAUUUUCAAGAACGUGGAUAUAAAUUAGAUAGUAGUAGAGAACAUGAACUUGAAUCUCAAUGCAAUGAGUUGCUUUUUAAAACUGAAUUUUUUGCUAAUAAAUAUUCUGAGAUAAUGUUCUUUAAAGCUAAAUUGGUGAAUAUAAAGAUUGAAUUAGAUUCUAAGGUUAGUGAGCUUGAGCAUCCAAAAUCAGAGAAAAUUUCAAUAUCUGUAGUUGGUGGAGAUAGUAAAAAAAAUAUAUCAAAAUCUAGACCUGAAGGAUCAUUGCUUUGCAAUAAUAAUAUUUUUGCAGUUAGUAAAACUAGCAAAAAUCUCAAAUCUUCAAAAAUCAAUACUGAGGUUACUUCUAAG